AUGAAGCGUCUAAUAUUAAUAUGUUUAACAUCUCUGAUACUAGGAUUAAGCGCAAAUGAUGAUGAGGCAAGACUUAAGCCAAUUCUUCACGAUGGCAGCAAUAAAUUUACCGCCAACAUGUUUAAUGAAGUAGCAAAGACCAAUGCCGGAAAGAGCUUCGUGCUAUCAGCAUUUUCUGUUAUGCCGCUUCUGGGUCAACUAGCCCUAGCGUCUGUGGGUGAAUCUCACGAUGAACUUCUUAACAGUAUGGGAUUGGCCAAUGAUGACGACACCAAGGCUGUGUUUUCAUAUACUAAUUCCUUAGUGGGAUCAGUAAAAAAUGUAACACUAAAGGCUGCCAACAAAAUCUACAUAGGAAAAGGUUAUGAAUUAAACGAAAAUUUUGCUGUUGUUACGCGAGACAUAUUUCGAUCUGAAGUACAAAACAUUGACUUCGGUAACAAUGUGGUUGCAGCAAAUGAAAUUAAUCAAUGGGUAGAAGAGCAAACAAAUCAUCUAAUUAAAGAUUUGGUUGAUCCUAACAGCCUUAAUCAAGGCACUGAAGCUGUUCUAGCUAAUGCAAUAUACUUCAAGGGUAGUUGGCAGUAUAAUUUCUCGAAGGAAGCAACAUCAGAUAAAGAUUUUCACUCCAGCACAGACGUAACAACUAAAGUUAAAAUGAUGUAUAGAAAAGGUGAUUACAACUAUGCAGAAAGUAAUGAACUGAAUGCUCAGAUCCUCGAGCUUCCGUAUGAAGGAAAUGAAAUGUCUUUUGUUGUUAUUCUACCACGAGAUGUUGAUGGAAUAAAUGAGCUAGAAGAAAAAUUGAAAGAUCCUUCGGUUUUAGAUAGAGCUCUUAAUGAUUUAAAAAGAGAAACGGUGGUAGUUCACCUACCAAAAUUCAAAAUCGAAACUAAAACAGAUCUGGUAAAUGUUCUGGAAAAUAUGAACGUGAAGAAGGUAUUUACCUCAGGUGAGGCAAGAUUAAAUAAACUUUUAAACGGUGCUACUAAUUUAUAUGUAGACUCAGGUACACAAAAAGCGUUUAUCGAAAUCAACGAAGAAGGAACAGAAGCCGCUGCUGCUAACGAAUUCCAUGUGUUUUUGUCUGCUUCACUGGAACCGCCUCCUCCUCCAGUUGAGUUUUACGCAAAUAGACCAUUUUAUUUUGCUGUGAAGACACCAUCAUUAACUUUAUUUAGUGGAGAAUUUCACAACCAA